AUUACGUUUAAUAAUAUUGCUAUGUUCUUCUAUUAUAGUUAUAAUUCUUUUAAAUUCACUGUGAUGGACAGUGUCUGGAAAACGAUUCACACAUAUUAACACUGUGAUAAACUAUAAACAAUAGAAUGAGUAACCAUAGUAGCUACAAUUUUAAUCAUAAGUAAUUCAAUCUCUUUGUUUUUAGGUACUAAGACGGAUAUAAUAAAUAAACCUGUGAGCAAAACUAUGCACUGAAGUAUUCUGCAAAAUACUCCAGUUGAAUUCAUCUCUGUCUGAAACAGCUAUCCACGAGAAUUUCUAUUUAAUAAUUAUGUAGUUGUCUAAAAUGUGUUGUCGUUGCUCACAAUCUGUCAUUCAAGCAUUCGAUACUUCGUACUAUUGACCUUGGAAAGUGCCUUAUUAUGACAACGUGUUAUCGUGAUCGAUCAUCUUUUAAAGAUUCAAAUUUUAUGCUUCAUUUUUUUGAUGCAUUAAAAAGGUUCACGAAUAUGUUCAGUGUACAUAUACAGUUGAUUUUAGCAGAGAUCAAUGUUGAAGAAUUACGAAAUAUGAUGAAGUGUUCAAAAAGGUACAAAAAGAUGGCAAUCAGAUACAAUGAACAAGUUAAUCAUCGUUAUAUUUUCACUUUGUUGAAAAAUCACUUGUACUGCUAUAAAAGCUUUUUCUAUGGUGAUGACAAUUUCAACGUUUUUUUAAAAUAUUUAAAGCACUUUAUCAGUAUGCAGUACGGCUGUGGUAUUCAACUUUCUACUAUUUACCGUUCCCUUUCGGUGCCUAAGGAAAAAGCGACAAUAUGGAGGCCAUACAUCUAUGCCCUUGUAUAUACUUUAUUGUCUGGCAUAGUUGUUUUUUACCUUAAAAGAUAUUUCUGUUGGUGUGAAUUUAAUGCUACAGUGCCUACAGUUGCUUAUUUUGUACGUGAUAAGUGGAAGACAAUUAGUAAAAGUUUCGUAAAUGAAUUAGUUAAAGAUGGUGUCAUUCAGGUUGUAAAUAAUUCGGUUACACCAUUGUCUUCAAUUCACUUGCACGAGUAUACUGGCAAAAGAUACUCAAUAACUCAUAGUGUUGGUCGUUUAUCAAUGAAAUCUUCUGGGAAUAUAUUUCGUCUAGUUACUAAUGCUAGUUAUCAAUUACCAAAUAAUGAAGCAAUAAAUUUAAAGAAGUGCCAAUCAACAGUGAAUUGCUUAAGUCUUAACCAACGUCUGAAGCUUCAAAAUGGCUUAUUCGAUGUAUUUAAACGACUGCAAAAUGAAUUUCCAAAUAUUUAUGCACCAUCUCUAUUGUCAACAAAAUCUGCAUUCACCGCUUUACUAUCCUUUCGUUCAUUCGCCUAUUCAGUUGGAUUUCGUCGAUUUUGGAUUGCUAAAGUUGAUAUCCAAGAUUGUUUCAAUCAGAUUGUCCACUCACGGUUAUUAGAAAUAUGUUCCAAUGUUUUCGAUGAAGUUAGCUUUUAUAUGUAUCCCGAACCAGACGUACAAUUCCUUAAACGUGAAUUGGAAUGGUUUUUGAAAGAGUCUACCAUGUCUAUUGAUGGAAAUCUCUAUUCGUUUGUGAAGGGUAUCCCACAGGGUUCUUGUAUUUCAUCAGAUUUAGCAAAUAUAUAUUUAUCUCGACUAGACAGAGAACUGUACACUAAACAACUUCUCUGGUCUCCAUAUAAAUCACUGAGAAAUCCUGUGUUUGAGACAAAUAAUUAUGCUCUGAAAAAAUGUGCAACUUUCUUUCGGUAUUUAGAUGAUUAUUUGUGCAUUUCAACUUCUAAAAAUGAUCUGCAAAAUUUAUUGUCAACAUUACAAAGUGGGCUCAAAUCUUAUGAAUUAUACAGCAAUCAAAAGAAAUCACAGGAUAAUUUACAUAAUUCAAACACUCCUGUCAGUUGGCUUGGAAUCGAAGUCCACUGUAAUUUAGCAAUAACUCUACCCAAAAGUAAUCCAUUAAUAUUUUGUCGAUUUGCUGGUCAACCAUUAUCAGCGUCCAAGUGUAUUCGUCGAAUAUGUAAAUUUCGAUUACAUAGGUCAACCUGGCGUUUUACUUUUUAUAACAUCAAUUAUCAUAGUCAAAUAAAGAGAAACAUAUUUGAUUUGGCUAUUGUGAAUGCAAAACGCAAUGAUCGUCUCCUAAGAGUUAACGCUGUUCGACUAGGCAACUGGAUAGCUGAUAUUAUCUGGAUAUCUUUUAAAACUUCACCGGAAAAAGAUAGAUUAACUCAGCCUUCAGUAUGUCGACAGUUAGCAACGGCUGCAUUCAAAUGCAUUUGUGUAAAUAUCGGUUUCGGACGAGUGCAUUUACACCGUCUAGCUUUGAAUGCCGUUGUUAGACGUUUACUUCCUCAUAAUGGUGAAUUAAACUGGUUAAUUGUAUGGAUUCAACACUUUAUUGUCAAAAAGUGACUACCAGACAGUAAAACAACAGAUGUAUUAUUUUUUUCACUUUCCUACAUUUCUCUAUUAAAAUCUUCUUAUUAACAUUUUUGUGAGUGCUUUUCCACGUGCAUAAAAUAUAAAACCUCGUGUUUCUAUAAAAUCAAAAGACUUUAGAAUUACAUAUUUGUUUUUUUUUAUUUGUUGUUAAUUAACAGACAGUCAUGUACUCCUACAGUACUCAUAAUUUCUAUUGCAGAUUUGUCACAGCUAAAUGAUUCUAUGCAUCUCCUGAAUACUCUUUUUACGUUUCAUCGUAGCGCAGAGAAAUAUUUUUAAAAAUGUGUUAUUAGCAGUCCUACUACAAAAAUAAUACUUCUGCUUCCUAAGACUAAAAGGGAUUCCUAAUAAUCUGGUCAUUUUUAUUAUAAGACAGUAUAUUUAAUGUUGUAACUGAUCGAAUUGACUGUUACAAUUUGUUGCACACUAAGUGGCUAUCUGAUCGAUAAGACUAAACUGAACUGGUACUAAGCGGUGACCUACCAGUCGAUCUGGUUGACAGUAGGUCUAAAUGUGAUGACUGCCUUGCGUAAAUAUACUCAUACUGAACUGAUAUCAGGAUACAAAACAACAUCCCAUCAACGCAUAUAUUAUCCAUCUUUUUCUACAUUUGGUAAAUUGAAGUAAAUAAUUUUAAUAUAAAUAAAUUGCUGAAUGAAGCUAAUUCAAAAGGUCAUUAGGUAACCAAUGAAUUUUUAUCAAUCGACGUUGAGCUACGUUUCUCUUCCCUAUGAUAAACAACUUUGUUGAACUCUGAACACUUAUUUUAUUUAGUGAAUUCGCAUAUUUUGAUAAUUAGAGUUUAAUUCAACCGAACCGAUAAAACUCAGUCACCACUAAGGGUCAGAUAACUUGAUACAGUGUACUCCCUAGUAACUAACCAUUGGGAUUUUACUCCAAUCUAAUCGUUAUGAAAGGCAUCGUACUUAUUGACUUAAAUGUCUCCUAACUAACUUUUCCAGUAUUCCUAAAAUUGAUGAACUUCUCUGCAUACAGUUGUGUGCUACUGAAUGGUAUAUUAUGCAUUAACCUAAAAAAAAUCUCCUUAACAAUUCUUGUCGUCAUUUUUUUACAUAAUUGUGUGAUACAAUAAUCUAACAUUGCUAUCGCUUGAGUAACUGCAUGUUUGUGUUUUGAGUUCUAAAAACGACAUAAUACGGUUUAAAUUAAGUAAAAAUUAUUUACAUUGACUCCGAAUUUUUCCCUGAAAGCUCUAAAAAAUGUAGUAUCUAAUUAUAAGUACAAUGAAGUAACUUAGCACAUAGAGAUGGUUAUAUGAGAAUGAAACCAGCUCUUCAGGUAAUAAUUGUGGGUAAACGGUUCAGUUUUCUAUUUAUCAGUAAGGUUUAUCCUUCUACUGUGAAGUGUAUAUAUAGUGUUAAGUAAUCCUGUGGAUUGGAGGGUCUACGACUUCAUCGUCACUUACUGUCAUUACUGAACUGAUAAAUCUGUAGGUAUGCCGUUAAGCACUGAUGCCGCUUAGAACGUGAUUGUAUUCUUUCGGCAUGAUGAGUACACUUCUCAGCUACACGGAAUUGAUUCAGAAGCAUAUUUCGUGUUUUAGAUUAUCCACUUUUUGUUCUAAUUCGGUUUACUAAAUGUUAACUAAUCAUCAAUCAAUAAGUAGAUUUAGUCUUAAGUACUGUAUCUGUGGAUUAUUGUAUCUACCUGGUCGCAGCAUCCCAAGCUAAUUAAAGCAUAAUCAAAGAAUUUGAACACUUGAAUGAAUGUAAAACAGUUGUAUAAUAAUAAUGAUAAUCGGUUAAAGUUUGAUAUUCACCUUUAGUGGAUUAUUAUUAUACAUGCGUUUUCUAUUCAUUUAAUGAAUUAUUACAAUUCGUGUUGCGCAAUACACUACACGUUUCACGUUUUUUGUGGUAAACAUCAUUAUUCUGUUUUGUAUUCUGAUAUUUUCACCUUGUAUCCAUUUUACUAUUUUGUGCUUUUGAAACCCCUUUUCCACAAAUUCUUAUAUAUCUUACAAUAGUUCUGAUAACUGCAAGCUGGGAUCCGCUAGUGCUAUUGCUCUUACUGUUACGUCUAAUAUUCCCGCCCAUGAUUAUUAAAGUUGUAC